UCAGCAGACACAACAUCUCUUCUGAAAGCAGAAACCAGAAUCAGAAUGGAAAUACCUGGGGGAUGGUCAGAGACAAUACCUGCCACUGAUAAAAUCCAGGGGAUUUGCUCUGUGAUGAAGAGUAAUGUGGAGGAUAUUACAAAAACAUCCUACUGGAAAUUCGGAGCAAUUAUUUACCGUGAGCAGAUUGUGGAGGGAAAAAACUACCUUAUUCGGGUUGAUAUUGGGGAGGAAAAAAUGAUUGAUCUGAUGGUCUACGAACCUUUACCUCAGAGAACUCCUAAGGGAUUUUGGAAGAUUGAGUUUGAGUUGAUGGGAAUCAAGCAAAACCGGACCCAAGAUGAUCCUUUUGAACCCUUCGACUAAUGCAAAGAGAAGACCUGUUUCUAUUUUCUGCAGGUGGCUGCC